AAAAGCUCAGUGCACACCCAGAUAACCGUAGUUAAGCGCGCGACUGUUCACAGCGUUUAACCCUGCAAAUAUUCUCUCCUGUGACCAUGGCCGUCAAACAAGGAAAGAAGGAUGAUGUCACUGAUGUCGCUUUUGAGGAUGCCAUGGAGAUUGCCGGUUAUGGAAAGUUUAGUAUGUUCAUCAUAUUCCUGACCGGCCUAACAUUGACAACAUCGACGUUGGGUUCGGUAGACGUGUCGUUCCUCCUACCAGCCGCUGAAUGUGACCUUCAACUCUCGUCCACGGACAAGGGCCUCCUAGGUUCCUCCUUCUUUAUCGGUAUUAUAGCAUCGUCUCACCUAUCUGGUUUCUUGGCUGACACGUUGGGGAGGAAAUAUGUUCUGGUCCGGGGCCUGUCUCUAAACGUCCUAUUGUACAUUUUGGGAACAUUUGCUCCCAACUUUUGGUCAUUCUUCAUCAUCAAAGUUAUCUCUGGGGCCUUGACUUGUCCCAACGUCUAUCGCUACAAUCCCACUGCUCGGCGAGUUCGUCCCGACAAAGAGAAGAGCACAAGCCUUGCUGAUAAGCACCUCACUCAGCACUAUAGGUCUCCUCUACUCCGCCUUAAUUGGUUGGCUGACUCUCAAGGGACGUGGUCCUUGGAUCUCUGGAUCGUCACCUUCAAACCAUGGAGGCUGUUCUUCCUGUUGUGUGCUGUCCCGAGUCUUCUCUGCAGCAUCCUGUUCUGUCUGGUUCCGGAGAGUCCUAAGUUUCUGCUCACCAGAGGAAACAGAGAAGAUACCCUAAAAGUACUUCAGAGAGUUCAUUCCAUAAACACAGGAAGAGUACUUGACAGCUAUCCUGUCAAAUCUGUGAUAAUGGAUGCCAAUGAGGUACCACCUCCACCACUAGCGGAAGGGAAAGGGGUGUUGCCGGUCUUAAAACACAUUUGUGAUCAGACCUUACCUCUAUUCAGACCUCCAUUCUUGAAAGAUUUGAUGCUUUGCGUUAUCCUGAUGGUCGAUAUUUGCUUGUGUGCUAACACGGUAUUCCUAUGGUUACCCGAGAUCACAAAUCGUAUCUCAGUGUACAAGGAGAGCCACGCUGCAGAUUCCACUCUGUGUGAGAUGAUCAGGAGAGAUCAGAGUAUCGUCUAUGGCGUCACCAACACUACUAGCGCUCCCGUGGAGUGUGUCUCAACUAUCAACACUGCUGUGUUUCUGCCUAACGUCCUCAUAGCUCUAGUACGCCCCGUGGUUAUGAUGACAGCCAGUAUCUUUGUUCCUCUCUUUGACAGGAGAAUUGUCCUAGGAUCUCUUCUGGUGUUUGGCAGCUCUAUAGCGUUUCUCCUCACCGUGGUGUCCAACGCGCCUAUUGCUAUCACGAUAUUCGGCGCUCUGACCAUGGUAGCUGUCCUUAGCCACAACGUACUCUGCAGUAUAGUGAUCGAGAUAUUUCCCACUUACAUAAGCGCUAUGGCAGUCUCUAUAAAUAAUAUUUUUGGUCGUCUCGGUGCUGUACUCGGCUCUCAGCUGUUCAGUCUCCUGAUAGACACAGAGUGUCCACUUCUGUUUCAUCUCCUUUCGGGGACGCUAUUGUCUUGUUCCGUGGUUCCCUUUUUCUUCAAACUUCAAAAUAAAAUACCAACACCAAAUGAACGGAGCAGAAAUACAAGUUUAUCUAUCCCUUAA